AUUAUUACCCUGCAGAGUUUACUUAGCCGUGUGUGUGUUUUUGCACUGAUAAGCUGAAAGAGGGAGGGAAGAAGGGAGGGAAAAACAGCCCAGCUGAAGGAGUGAAAACACUGAUUGUGUUGCAGAGAGAGAGAGAAAGAGAGACGUCACAUAGGUGCACAGCAGAAGAAUCAGAAAGAGAAAGGUAAAGUGAGUGAGAGCGUUUUAUUCUGCUGGGAUCAUGUCUCUGAACGGGAAGGUGGCUCUGGUGACCGGAGGAGCUCAGGGCAUCGGGAGGGCCGUGGUCCAGCUACUGCUGCAGAACUUAGCCAAGGUGUCUGUGGUCGAUCUGAACAAGACCAGAGGUGAUGAGUGUAAGGCACAACUGGACGCUGAGUUUGGAGAAGGCAAAUGUACCUUUAUUCAGUGUGAUGUUUCCAAUGGAGACAAACUGAGAGAGGCCUUCCAGGUCACGGUGGACCAGUUUGGGAGGCUGGACAUUGUCAUCAACAACGCUGGCAUCAAUAAUGAAAAGAACUGGGAGAAGACCAUACAAGUCAACCUGACAUCUGUCAUAAAGGGAACGUACCUGGCACUGGAACACAUGAGCAAAGAGUACGGAAAAGCAGGAGGCAGUAUUAUCAAUGUGUCCUCCAUGGCAGCCUUCAUGCAUUCACCACAUCAGCCCGUGUACACAGCCACCAAACAUGGCGUCAUUGGCUUCAGCAGAGCAAUGGCGGACGCGUCAUCUCACGGUGACUACGGCGUUCGUAUCAACGUGCUGUGCCCGGCCUUCGUCGACACGCCGCUGCUACACUCGGUGGAACAGGAGGAGAACAUGGGCAACUUUGUCCGCUUCAAAGACGACUUCAAACGCAGUAUGACCAAGUUUGGAGUUUUAAAGCCAGCUUUGAUAGCAGAGGGCAUGUUGAGGCUGGUCAUGGACAACAGUCUGAACGGAGCCGUGAUGAAGAUUACCUGCUCCAAAGGGAUCCACUUCCACACCUACGAACCUAUGUCUGCUUGAGCCUUGACACCCCGGACUCCAGUCUGCGGACAGGAAGGCGCCACACUUUAUCACACGCCACCAGCUGGUUUAUGACAAUGCCUGCCUGCAGGUGGCACUGUCGUACUGUAAGACCCGUGUCAGAUGGAGCAAUGAGUUCCACUGGAAAAAAACUGAGGCACACACCUGAAGAAUAUGUAAAUACAGGUUUAAAAAAAAAAAAAAAGAAAAGUUGCUUUGAAUGAUUAUUGUAAUUCUGAUAACAGAAAUGACUUUUUUC